CGUAGGGUGACACACUCAUUGCUUUUGAUCUUCCUCUUCUCUUCUGCUAUUCUGCUAUACCAAAGAGACUAUGAAAUCAUUUUAUUUUGUUAUGCUAUGUGUUAUCAGCUUCUUUGUUCUGGUCUUUCCAAAUGGCUUUUUUGGCCUUGCUGAUGACACCAAUAGAGAAAUAGGUCCGAUAUGCAAUAAAGCUGAUAAUACGGUCAAUGAAGACAUAUUCCAUACCUUAUUGGAUUCUCUUGCUUCAAAUGUGGUUGAUCACCAAGGAUUUUACCAAACCACUGUAGGAGAAAACUCCAGCAGGGUUUAUGGUUCAAUAUUAUGUAGAGGAGACAUAUCUGCUAACAAUUGUUCUAUCUGUGUCCUUAACUCUACAAGAGUAGCGUCAAAUGAUUGUCCUAAGAAUAGGGAUGUUACAGUUUGGUUUAGUUGGUGUUUCCUACGCUAUUCGGACGAGAAUUUCUUUGGAGACAUGCAUGGAAUAACAAAUGCUUUCACAAAUGUCACUGAUGUCGAUGACCCUUCUUUGGUAUCACAAUGGUUACCUUUCAUGAGUGGAGUAGCAGCUGCAGCUUCAGAGAACUCAUUCAUGUUCCACACAGAAGAACUGAACUUUAAUCAAAGUGAGAAGAGGUAUGGAAUGGCUCAGUGCACAAGAGAUAUCAAUAGACAGGACUGCAGAAGGUGCCUUGAUGAUCAACUAGUUUCUUUCGGAGCUACAAUUGGAAAUAAAAGAAGAUGGGAAAUUUAUGGACCCAAUUGUUUCAUGUGGUAUAAUGACUAUCAAUUUUAUGCUAAUGUAUCCACUCUUCAAAGUGUUGCUUGGAAGCCUUCUUGCAGAAGCUUAGUAGCAGUUGCGGUCUCGGUAGCCUUGUUGAUAAUUAUGUAAUAAUUAUAACUUCUAUUCUAUGGUUUCUAAUAGAAUGCCAUGAACAAUAAGUUAAUAUAUAUAUUUUUUACUGUCAAUAGGGUUUGGUUUUUGACAGAAGUUUCAGGAAUGGAGAUGUAUUUGUGCACUUAUAAAUUUUCAUUCUUCAUGGUCUAUAUUAUAAUUUAUUACUUUGUAAUUUCUUGA